AUGGUCCUUUAUCAACCGCCAAACAAACAUGUGAUGGAAGCCUUCAGCCUGAAGGGCAAGGUGGCUGUUAUAACAGGUGGUUCUCGUGGUAUUGGGCUAGAGAUCUCAAAUGCACUGGCGGAGGCAGGGGCCAAUGUAGCGAUCAUUUAUCAUUCAUCGAAAGAUGCAGAGGGCAUUGCAUCCCAAAUUGGGAAAGCCCACGGUACCACAGCCGCGGCAUAUAAAGCAAACGUUUCCGACCAGAAAGAUAUUGAAGCGGCCAUUCAACAAAUUGCACGCGAUUUUGGCAAGGUAGAUAUCCUUGUGGCCAAUUCUGGCAUUGCCACGGCAAUUUCAGCAGAGGAUUACAAGCCAGAGGAAUGGCAAGAGAUCAUGAAAGUGAAUCUCGAUGGUGCUUUCUAUAGCGCCCAGGCUGCUGCGAGAUUGUUCAAAACACAGGGGUCCGGAAACGUCAUUUUUUACCGCCUCCAAAUUCUGGAUCAUCAUCCUCCAGAGCUGCGGGAGAGAUGGCUCAGCAUGGUCCCCGCACGCAGAAUGGCAGCAACGUAUGAACUCAAAGGGGCCUACGUGUUCUGCGCUUCGGAUUCGUCAAGUUAUAUGACAGGAGCGAAUCUGGUUAUUGAUGGUGGUUAUACCCUUCCAUAG